CGGUUGUUAUCGCGGACCCGUCUUUUUUGACAAGGCCUUCCAUGUUUUCUCUUCCAAGAAACUUCUAACUUUUUAUCCGCUUUUUUAAUCUAGUAAUCAUGGCAUCCAAGCCUUUAGAAUCAAACGAAGAUACAGAUGCAACAAGUACCAGAGUGAUAGACGAGGAAGAAGAAUAUGGCGUAGAUAUAACCCCCAAGAAAGAUGGCGGUGUGCGAAAGAGGAUCUUGUCGGAGGGCCAUGGCGCGGAAAUGGCCAAUGUCGGAUGUACUGUUGUCGUUCGUUACGUCGGGAAGUUCUUGAAUGGAGAAGAAUUCGACUCGAAUACUGGAGGCGUGCCAUUCGAAUUUGUGCUCGGAGAAAGUGUAGUCAUUCAAGGGUGGGACAUUGGUGUAGCUACUAUGAAGAAAGGUGAAAAGGCUUUAUUGACAUGUAAACCGGAGUAUGCAUAUGGCAAACAAGGUGGUAGCAAGAUUCCACCCAACACUACUCUUCAGUUCAUCGUAGAACUACUGGAUUGGAAGGGGAUUAAUGUCACCAAUAAAGGCGAGGUUAGCAAGGUUAUCCUGGAGAAAGGUGAAGGCCACGCCCGGCCCAAUACUGGUGCUGUUGUCAAUGCACAUAUAACUGGGAGUUAUGAUGGAAAAGUGUUUGAAGAAAGAGAAGUGGAGUUCACAUUUGGUGAAGGCACUGAAGCUGGGUUGUUAGAAGGAGUUGAAGAAGCAAUUGGUAAUAUGACGAACAAGGAAAAAUCCAAAAUAUUCAUCCAACCUGGCAAAUAUGGAGUAGGGCCUGAGGGAAACCCCCAGCUAGGUUUACCACCAAACGCCUUAAUUACCUACAUCAUUGACCUGAAACAUUUUGAAAAUUUUAAAGAAGCUUGGGAAUUGUCCAAUGAUGAGAAAAUAACCACAGCAUUGAAAGUGAAAGAUAAAGGCACAAAAUUCUUUAAGGAUGGCAAGUAUAAAAUAGCUUGUCGCCAGUAUGCUGUGGUCAUCAGGGUGCUUGAGGGGUAUUUUGAUGAAGAAGAAGAAAAGGCAGUUGACCCCAUCAAAUGUGCUGGCCACCUUAACAUUGCCGCCUGUCAUCUUAAGCUUGGAAACAACUUUAAAUGCAUAAAAGCCUGUAACAAGGCACUUGACAUUGACAAAGAAAACAUUAAAGCUCUGUUUAGACGAGGCAAGGCUCUGCUCAACUUGAAGGAUUAUGAGAAAUCUAAGGAAGACUUCAUUCAGGUCCUAGAGCUAGACCCCAAGAACCGCGAGGCCCGGGAACAGCUGAAGAUAGUGAACGGAAGGCUUAAGGACCACCAUCAGAAAGAGAAGAAAUUAUACUCAAACAUUUUUGAGCGACUAGCAGAGAUGAAAGCCAAAGAGAACAAGGAUCAAGAGGCAGAGGCUGCCGAGAAGCCCGAUGUUUUCCAGCAAGCAGUGGACGAAGCUGAGAGACAAAUGGGCGACGAUGGAUCAGAAGCACAAGGUGAUGGUUUCGGGGACACAAAAAGGGCACCACCUGACGGGGCGGACAGCGACGAAGACGAGGUGAUGGCCGAGGCAAAAGGAGCAGUGAAGUGUUGACGACCAAGAACCAAUAUUGAUGUGAAGAUUUUUUACUCUAAAGCAUGAAAUGCAUGCCGGACGUACGUACGUCUGCUGGGCUCGGCUAUGAGUCACUGAUUAGUUCAUUCCGUGUGACCCGGAUAUGCGUACACGUUCCCUGUAUUUGUCCUGCUGGUGUCUGCUCACAUGGCCUGCUUGCGACUCGGGUGAGUCGCACCCAGAAUGUGACUUGGACUUGAUUAUGUUUGCAUACACACCACGUAUGACUCAGGCAAAGUUUAGACGUCUUUUUUUUUUAAUAAGCCUUUCAAAUAUAAAAUCAUGCAAAUGGAGACGACCAACUAUUUGUACAUUCUGUACAUGCCCUCAUUGGACUCUAAACGUGUUCACUAGCGCCGCGUAAACUGGUAAAAAAAAUCACUGUAUUUUAAACAUAAGGAAAAGUGGAAAAGGUCUUAAAUAAUCGUGUUUUUAGGCUUAAACUUUAUUUGGUAUUGUGAUGUUACUAGUAAUGUGUUCUUUUUCUAUAUUCAAACUUGAAAUUGGAUAAUAAACAUUUCUAAGAGACCGACCAUUUUAAAUCUGACGGGGAGAUUUUUUUAUUAGCGGCUUAAUGUUAGGUUGCUCGAUGAUUAUUUCAAUACUUUUUGUUUGUUUUUAUUCGACAUAUUAUUGCUUGCCUAUUAGUAUUUGUAUUUAUUAUAGGAUGAUAGGGUUCAUCACGGAAGAUGAAAAACGGUGACCAAACCUAUUUGAAAGGCUUGACAGAAGUUUUUCUUAGAAGUAUUUUAUAUCGAUAUUUCUGUAAACCCUGAGCAGAGCUUUCUGUGUCGUUCUUUCACUUUGUUGAUGUGGAGCAAAGUAAACGAGCGACACAGAAAGCUCUGCACAGGAGGGUAAAAUGUAUAUAAUAAACAAAUGAUAGACGAUUACUAUAUAUAACAAGGGAUGUGUGUAAGAACAAAUAACAUCUUGUAUAACAAGGUAAUUUUAUGUAUCCAAUAAAAAACUUGUACCUCAA